CUGUCGGCCUGUCGGCUGCGCAUGCGCACCGGGCAGUAACAGGAGCUAUGGCCGACGCGAUGCAGACGGAGGAUUUCCCGUUCCUACCGUCCGGACCAGCGGAGGUAAAUAAGAUGAUAAAGGAGCACGGCGACCUGUUUUCUGACUCCCAGUGUAAAGUCUGCAGCGCUGUCCUCAUUUCUGAGUCUCAGAAGUUGACUCAUUAUCAGAGCAAGAAACACGCCAACAAAGUGCGGCGUUAUCUUUCCAUCCAACACGAGAAAGAGCCGGCGCUGAAAAAGUUGAAAUCGUCACCGUCUGACAGUCAGGACUUCAACAACGGGGACACGGACCGGUCGAAGGUGUGUCACGUAUGCAACAUGACCUUCUCCUCUGUGGUGGUGGCCGAGUCCCACUACCAGGGCAAAGUUCACGCCAAGAACCUGAGGCUGAAAACCGUCGGCCCCCAGGCUCCAGUAGCUUCCCAGACGCCGCCACCACCAGCUCAGCCGAAGAAGAAACCCGCAGAGGACUCCAGCAGCGUGCCGGCGUCAGGCAACAACAACAACAACAACAACAACCCGGACCGCUUCUGCUCCAUCUGCCAGGCCUCCUUCAACAACCCGCUCAUGGCCCAGCAGCACUACGUCGGCAAGAAGCACCGAAAACAGAUGACCAAGCUGAAACUGAUGGAGACGUACGGACCCUCCACGGCACCAGCUUCCACACUAAAGGGCUACCCAUGCACCGUCUGCAACAUUGAACUAAACUCUGUGGAGCAGUACCAGUCUCAUAUCAGUGGUGCCAAACAUAAGAACCAAGUGAAGAAAUCGGGCCUGAACGCUGCAGAGAACCAAGAAUCGGCAGAACAAUCGUACGUGGGCGACAACAAGUACACCGCCGCGGACGACCAGUACGCCCAGGGGGACGACCAGUACGCAGCCGGAGACAACCAGUACGCAGCCGGAGACAACCAGUACGCAGCCGGAGACAACCAGUACGCUCCGGAGGACACGGAGUACUCAGAGGAGUACCAGUUUACUUGAGGCCGGGCUGGGGCGGACUGCAGAAUCAGGACUUGGAAUGAAACACGACAACCAGCCCCCACUCUAACAUCAACCUCCAUGGACCUUCAGCUCCCUCAGAGUCUCUUCUCAGUAGGUUUUCCCCCUGGAACCGAGGUCCGGAUGCCCCGACGGGACUGAGAACGUUACAGAACGUUUGUUUUCUCCUCGAAUGGAAAAAAAGCUGCAUUUGUACCCUGCACUCACACCGUGGACAGAAACGUGUCCGAGGGUUCGACUGGCUUCUGUUACGAACACGCGCACUGACUGAAGAACGCUCAGACCACAUCAGGGCUGAUGUGUGUCGAUAUAAUAUAAACAAAACCCCUUCAUCAUGUUCCUGAAGAAGCCAAAGCUUUCACAUGGUAGAGGUUGUACUGAGACAGGGAAAGGUAUUAUUUAACUGGUAAAUACUACGGCUGCACGAUUAUUUCACGAUUACCUAAAUAAGUCCGGCAACACUUGCUGCGUGAAUCUGAACGGCGACAGUAACUACGGUUACCUGGCUGAGAGGUUGAAGGUGUGCAGCUCCUUCCUGUCCCAUCGAUCAUAUUUACAACUGAUCCGCUGGCAAAAAACCAUCCAAAAAUAACCAUUAUGUUGAUUUGUAAACGUAUUUUAGUUGAACGAUAGCAGCCAGUGUCAAGUCAACUUGCGUUUCGCCUCUUAAAUGCUUUUACUGUGAAGGAAAUGUUCAGUUAGCAGAAACUUAAUACACCAUUUUGUAUCCAGGAGUUGUUCCCAGGCAUCCUGGAAAAUCUGGAAAUUUAGAGACUAGUUUUCUAGUCAUGGAAGCACUUGGAUAUCGAUUAUAAUGACAAAAAUAAUCUAAGUUGUCCUGGAAAUGUUUAACUUUGUUUUAGCCCCUCACUCAGAUAAAGUCUCACCAGAUGUGAAGCAGCAAGUCUAAUUUUUCCGUAGCGUAAUUCUCAGGGAAGCCCGGUGGAAGUAGUGCAGACGCUCAUACCUGCAUGCACACACUUCAUUUCUGACUUAUUCAGUUUCUGGAAGAGGAAUUCUCUGUUAAAUAAAGUAAAUUCUACUUAAUUUGAACUCGAGUUAGAAGUAAACUUUAGAAAACUCGUCUGUGGUCUGGAUCCGGAUCACCCUGUGGUUGUCUACGAGCCCAACACACAUCUUAAACGUCAAUAUCGUAGACGGUCGCGUUCAUUUAAUCAUGCAGCCCUAGUAAAUACUGUAAGUUAAUUAAAAAUCCUUUCUGUGCUACCAGAGUCGGAUCUGAUACUUAUUCAAUCAAUAUUAAAGUAAAUAGAAAUAUCUGACACAUUGAAAUAACGGCGUUUAAUACUGAAGCCGGUUUAAAACUAUAAACCUAAAUUAUUUGUAUUAUUUCAACGACAGUGAUCGGCUACGUUCUCGCUGUCGGUUGAACAGCAGCGCUACAGAGAGGAAGUUAAAAUAAAUAAAUGCUAUGUGCUAAGCUAGUUUAUAUUGAAAAUAAACAACCACAUUAUUAAAUGUUUAAUUAAAAGAAUUAAAGCAACUUAUAUAUAAAGUUAAGCUACAUCAGUUGUUAUCUGGUUAGUUAACUAGUUGAUAAUGUUAACUAGCUAGCCAGCUGAAGCUAGUUAGCUAGCUAACAAUUGAUGUAGGUUAGCUAGCACUUUGCUAACAUGUAGCUAUAUACGUAGCUUUUAUCUUUUAACCAUCUUCAGUCAUUAGCUAGCUAACUAGCUUCAGCCAUGCUAUCAUUAGCUAACAGAUUUAACUAUGUGGCUAAUGGUUGGUGUGAAUUAGCGUGUUAGCUGGCUAACUAGCCAGCUAACAAUAGACAUAGAUUUAUCCUUCCUCUCCGAUGAUCUUAGACGAGUACAGAAGAAGUUCAGUUGGAGUUUUCUAAGUUACUAAGAAUUAACGUUAAUUAGCGACAGCAGGUACGAUGUUUGUGAAACUGUGACGAGAAGCUGCUGCUCAGGACGUUGCUAACCAGAAAAAGAAAUAACAAGAAUUUAAGCAACGUUUCACCGAUGCUAACAUCGCAUGUAACCAGUGACGGUUCGAAGCGAAGCUGCUUUUCAGUCCCGAUCUCUUCGGUUCACGUGAAUAUAAUCGGUUUGUGUCUCCAGUGAAUGUAUUUAUUGAAGAACUUCAUUCGACAACUUUGAUUAUUUCUGUUGUGAAUUCAAACGUUUGCACAACCCGAUCCGUCGGAGUGACGUAAGGAAGAAAAAUCUGUCGACAUACUAGUUCUUAUUUUAAUCCUGUUUUAUUGUUUUACUUUAUUCUUCUUUUAUAUUAUUUUUAUUUAAAGCCAAAAUCGCUGCUGGAGGUCGUCCUAGUUGUUUUCUUCUGUUUAUCGUAGGAACCAGAUUCUGUUUUUAAAGAGAGAGUUCGGGUGUUUUGAAGAGAGUUUUUCUUUUUUUGGUUGCUAACCGUAGAACGUCUGUAUUACCCGCCUGUCACUCAAAGUAGCCACGCCCUUAAUUGACCCUUCUUAAGCUCCGCCCCUUUUAGGACCUUCCUCCUUUAGUGUGCUUAGAUAGGCAAAAGAUAAAGUGACAUAUAUAUAUAUAUAUAUAUAUAUAUAGUCACUUUAUCUUUUAACCAUCUUCAAAAUGUGGUUUUAUUUCAACAUGGAUUAGCCUAGCAUGUAGCAUAUCUAAGUACAGGAAAGGAGGAAGUUGACCGAGGGUUGCUCAAAUGUUAUUGGAGCACAGAGCAAAAAGGGGCGGGGCUUAGGAAGGGUCAAUUAUCCAUAACGUUAAGCCUUAAUAUAAUUUAACGGGGUGAGUUUCCCCUGUACAGAGACCAAAAGGCUAUUUAUUUAUGAGGCCUUAUGGAGAUCGACUCACUGCUGGAGCCAGCCUCUAGUGGCCGUUAGAGGAACUGCAGGUUUUUGUUACUUCAGUGUUUGUUUCAUUUGCAGCCACCGAUGUUGCAGCUUAGUAGUAAUACAGGCCGUUCAUUUUAGUGCCAAGAAAAAGACUGUCUGAUGGAUAAAACAUUGAACAUAAUAUAGUCAGCUGACUUUAAAAGCCUCCAUACGAUGUGAAUUAUUACCUCCUACAGCCCCACUGCAAAAUACCCGAACUUUCCCUUUAAUGUUCUCAACAAAAGCUGAUUUUAUUAUUGUAGGAGACAACCUAACAUUUCAAUCUUAUCGUCGUAUUUCUUGUUUACGGUCAGACGUUUUAUUUCCAGGAUGUCUGCAGACGUUUCACUGCAGGACACUAAAGAGAGAAUGUGAACGCUGGUUUAAAAAUAAAUAAAUAAAAAGGGUUGUUGCCUCAGUUUAGACCCUCGAAAGGAACCAGAAUCUGUCAACAAUAAGCUUUUUGUAGAAGUUGAUGUCAUUUUAUAAAAAUAGUAAUAAUCAGUCUGGACGGUGUAGGAAGAGAUUAAAGGGAUUAUUAUGAGAAAUAUAAAUACUGUCCUCUCAUUUCAAAUGCAGCAGAUCUGUGUCGGCUGUCAGCUAAUGAAAGUUUUGGUAUUGUUUGCUUGGUUUACUGAAGCGUGAAUGAUUUUUAAAUGCUUCUGAGUUGUCCAGAACGGGGCUUUAUAAACUCUAGAAGAGACUUAUAGACGAGCUCUGUAAUUACUGUCAAUAGCAGAGAUUACACUAUUUACCACAGAGUGAUGUCAAACUAGGAAGUGAUGUCAAUAUUAGAAUAAUAACAUGUUUAUAUUUUAGUUUAUUUGUCCUCAUACAGGUUGAAUAUGUUACUAUUGAAUGUCUUCAACCUUCUGGCGACAGGAAAGAGGUUGUUUUGUUGGUUUUUUUGGAUGUAAUUUAUACAAAGAGGGCUCAUACAUAUUGUAUAGGACGUGUAUAAAAGACGAAUGGCCUUUUUUUGUUCUCACCCUCAUCGUUUGUGUGCUCGAUGUUUUGUGAUUUCUUUUAAGUUGUGUAUAACUGAGGGACGAAAUGCAGCAAACGUGCAUAAAGUAAAGAAAUGUUUUAAGAGAA